CACGUUCAUGAAAACAGCAACCUGGAAUCCAAACAGCACGUACUGUGAUGUACACCCUACAAAUUGAAGACUGCGCUUGCUCAGAAUGUGGGAUUCCAGUACAUAUUCUAUUUCAAAACACUCUGUCAUUUGAAGCAUACCGGGUGUGUUUGCAUAGUGAUGUUUUCCAGAUGGUUAGCCAUGAAUGAUGUGCCAUGACUUCUGAGUGACAAGCACUACGCGUGUUCAGUCUUUGCACCAGUAUGAAAAUCCAGGAGCAGGUGGUCGUCCACGUGCAGUAUUAGUGACAUCAGUGACAUACAAAACUACAGCCAAAUAUAACUGUGGGGUCCACUUUGCCCUGAGGCUUCAGUCCGCGAGGACAAUCUGCUGCUAAAAGUUGAGCUAGCCAGGAGGAUCCUUGAUCGAGCGUUUUCAAGCACACGUGAUGAGAUCAGAAGCCUUUCAGCAGGACCUCUCUGAGGAAGCCGGUCACACUCAUACUCAACUGCACACUUCCCGGGCCAGCCAAUUCACAUCCACUCAAGCCAACAUGGCCGCGAAAGCAGCCAGCAAUCUGGGCUACAUUCCGCCAGACGGAGGCUGGGGCUGGGCCGUCGUCUUGGCCUCCUUCAUCUCCAUCGGAUUUGCCUACGCCUUUCCCAAGUCGCUCACCAUCUACUACAAGGAGAUUCAGGAAUAUUUCUCAGUUUCCUACAGCCAGAUUGCCUGGGUGUCCUCGGUCAUGCUGGCAUCCAUGUACGCGGCAGGGCCAGUGAGUAGCAUUCUUGUCAAUCGCUAUGGCAGCAGGCCCGUGGUCAUGGUUGGUGGGCUCAUGGUUUGCUCUGCCAUGGUGCUCGCCUCUUUUGGAACGUCUAUUGUCCAUCUGUAUCUCUGUGUUGGCGUCAUUGGAGGUUUCGGCCUUGCCUUCAAUCUGCAGCCGGCCCUGACCAUCAUUGGCACCUACUUCCAUGCGAAGAGGCCGCUGGCCAACGGGCUGGCGAUGACAGGAAGUCCAGUGGUCCUCUUCACUCUGGCUCCACUUAAUCAGUUUCUCUUUGAUUCUUUCGGCUGGAGAGGAAGCUUCCUGAUCCUGGGAGCCCUGGUUUUGAACUGCUGUGUUGCCGGUUCGCUCAUGAGACCCGUCAACAAAAAAGUCCCAGCUGAAGUCCAAAGUGAGCCACAUGAAAGCGACGGGGCACAGCAAGUCCCGGAGGAUAACCUACAAGGUGUAGAAAUCCAAAACGAGAGACGCGAAAAGGGCUGUAUCGAUGUCUCCCUCUUCAAACACCGGGGAUUCCUCAUUUACCUCACCGGUAACGUGCUCAUGUUUUUUGGCUUUUUUGCACCUGUGGUUUUUCUGGCCCCGUAUGCCAAACAUCUUGGCGUCGAUGAGUAUUCAGCAGCGUUCUUGCUCUCCAUCUUUGCUCUCGUGGACAUGUUUGUUAGACCGGCAACGGGUUUGCUCGGCAAUACAAAAUGGAUCCGGCCCAGGAUCCAGUAUUUAUUCAGUUUUGCCGUUUCCUACAACGGGGCGUGUCACCUUUUGUGCCCUCUGGCAUCCGGGUAUGUGGGCCUGGUGGUUUAUGCCGUCUUUUUUGGGAUGGCCUUUGGGAUGGUCUGCUCUCUGCUCUUCGAAGUGUUGAUGGACCUCGUGGGAGCUCACCGCUUCUCCAGCGCGGUUGGACUCGUCACCAUUAUCGAGUGUGGCCCGGUGCUUCUCGGUCCUCCGCUUUCAGGAGCUCUGGUAGAUAUUUUGGGGGACUACAAAUACAUGUACUACGCCUGUGGUGUAUUUAUGCUGGUACCCGGCAUAUUUUUCUUCAUCAUGCAUUACUACAACUACAAGAGACUGGAUGAGGAACAGAGGCAGCAGCAGUCUGCACAGAUGAGGACGUGUGGAGAGGCUGUGCAGCUGAAAAUGGACCAAGAGGGAACACAGGAAUGAAUUUGCUGUGUAGGAUGAGAGUCAGCACUCACCGACUCACUCAAGCAAGUGGACCCAGCCAUGACGUGGUAGGCGUGCUUGUGACUUCUUUUUUAGGAUGGCAGCUCCUGCUUCCAAUCUUGGCGAGUCAUUUGUCUCUCUGUUUUGGGGAGGAAUUCUGUUAUUGGAUUAACUUCAUUUUUAGAAGCUACAAUCAUACCUCACUUUAAUGUGGUUCAGUGUUUGCUGUCUCACUGUAUCGCGAACUUGUAAGUUGUACAUCUAAUGUCAUGUCACGGAUUUGUCACUACUCGACGGUGAUCAUUUUUCUCCGAGCCAGAAUGAAAAGAGUUCAUAGAAGAAAGAGAAUGUGGAAAGUUUGGGACCAUUUCACACCUCACAAAAGACGAUGGAGUGCAAUGGGUGAAUUGGAAAGUAGAACUGGCUUCCGGGACUGCAUGUCUACGCUGAGGUGAGCAUCAUUCGCUUGAGGAAGAUGGCCUGCCACCGCCAGUUGGAAUGAAUGGGAAUCAUUCUCAGCCAGCGUUUAACAGCCCGCUGCCAUCUGGAGCCAACAACAGCCAAGUCUACGUUGUCAUUCCCUGAUUCCCAUAUCACUCACUCUUUCACAUACAUUCAUAGUCACAGAUACUACAGGGUGGUGACCCCUAGUGGACAAAAAUAAUGCCUACACCUCAACUGCAUAUUUUGUAUCGAUAUUAUGCAUAACACUUUAAGAACUAUACAA